GGUGUCGCCAUAUUUAAUGACGAGACACACUAUACUGGCGAAUGUCGAUGACGCAAUACACGCGCUGUCCCAAUUUUUGCAACACGCUCGUAACCUGCGCUCUCGGACAAUACGGACACCUCGACUAUGAGCACACUUCAGCGACGACUACGGAGUGUAGUCUGGGUAUUGGGUCCCGCGGUACGUCAUCACCAAGCGACAAGACGCGCCAGAGCCAAGUACAAUCCUCCAUUUUUAUACCAACUCUCUUCAGAUGAUUCGUUUACAGUUAUUCUAUUCGUAUCAUGGCUACACGGAAGUUCACUCGGUGGUCAGAGAGCGAGGUCGCACUUUUCUUGAAAUUGGUGGCUGAGGAAAAGAUACAGCAAGAACUGGACGGACCCCGAACUGAAAAAGCCUACCUGGAACUUUCCCAGCAAAUGGCCACGCACGGGUUUGACCGCAGUUCUCAGACUUGCAGAGAAAAACUGAAAAAGAUGAAGAGUGACUACAAAGCCAUAAAGGACCACGGUCGCCGCGGCAGUUUGUACAGAAGCGAUUGGAAGUGGUUAGGUCAGAUGGAAGCCAUCUAUGGCCACAGACGCAACAGCCGAGGGCGAAGCGUUGAAGCGAAGCAGAAACAAGAGUGGUCCGUGGAGGAGACGGGCUGUCUCAUCGCAUUGUGGUCGUCCCCCGAGUCACGGAACAAUUUUGCAGGCAGGGCCAAGCUGAUGAUGGAGUUCAUUCGGCUGGAGAUGGCGAGUGCGGGCUUCAACCGCACCACGGAACAGAUCAACAACAAGUUGAAGAAACUGAAAAUGGAAUAUAGGGACAAGAAGAAACACCUGAAACCCAGUGACCUGGCACAAAUGCCAUUUUAUGAAAUGAUGGAGUCUGUGCUCGGUAACACGCUCCCACCCCCAUUGAUGGAGACCGUCAGUCCUGCCUCUGCAAUACCGGAGAGCAUCAUUGACCCAUCCGCGGGCAUUGGUUUGUCUGUUGACGACAACAUGAUUACAGCCGAUACUGCUGCACCAUCACGCCUGUGCCACCCACCGUCACCUUCCUUCCCGGUCGACAAUGCAAAAAAUGAUGGCCGAACAGGUUUGUCCACCGAUGACCACGUCAUUAAAGCAGACAGCGACACACCUCCACCUCCACCCCUUUAUUGCAAUACAGCAAUAAGUGCAACAAACAAUGGCAGAAGAGGUUUUUCCACCGAUGACCACGUCAUUAAAGCAGACAGCAACACACCUCCACCUCCACCCCUUUAUUGCAAUACAGCAAUAAAUGCAACAAACAAUGGCAGAAGAGGUUUGUUUGCUGAGGUUAUGUCGGUCGAUAGUAGCGACGACCUUCCACCACCAUCGGCACCUCUCCCAUGUGACUCGCCUUCACCGUCCUGCAGCUCCAAAGAAAGUUCAACAACAACCAAAAGGGCGAAAAGGAAGCGACCAAGCGAUGGCCUGUUGGAAUUUUUGGAGCGAUCGGACGAACGGUUCUUCCAGUUUAGUAGAGAGCUGAUGCACAGGAUGGAGGAGGACACAAAGUCACUGAUUGGACUCUUAGGACGCAUGGUGACGGUAAUGGAGGCUUCAAAUAAAACUAAUAAUGAACGCCAUCCAUCCCCAAGUUCAAUAAGUGCAACAAACAAUGGCAGAAGAGGUUUUUCCACCGAUGACCACGUCAUUAAAGCAGACAGCAACACACCUCCACCUCCACCCCUUUAUUGCAAUGCAGCAAUAAAUGCAACAAACAAUGGCAGAAGAGGUUUGUUUGCUGAGGUUAUGUCGGUCGAUAGUAGCGACGACCUUCCACCACCAUCGGCACCUCUCCCAUGUGACUCGCCUUCACCGUCCUGCAGCUCCAAAGAAAGUUCAACAACAACCAAAAGGGCGAAAAGGAAGCGACCAAGCGAUGGCCUGUUGGAAUUUUUGGAGCGAUCGGACGAACGGUUCUUCCAGUUUAGUAGAGAGCUGAUGCACAGGAUGGAGGAGGACACAAAGUCACUGAUUGGACUCUUAGGACGCAUGGUGACGGUAAUGGAGGCUUCAAAUAAAACUAAUAAUGAACGCCAUCCAUCCCCAAGUUGAAACGAGAUGGGAGCUUGAGGAACUUGUAAAAUCUCACAUUUUACAUUGACCUUUGGGGUGAGGCUUUUACGAUAUUUUUUUAGACCUCGUGAUCUAUUUUUUUGUAUGUAUUCAUCCACUAUCGUGUUGGGAUUGUAUAAACAUAAAACCACAAAUGUGCACUGAACAUAACAUAAAACUGUAAAAUUUCUAUCCAGUCAGCAUUUAUUUACCUGCAUUUUAUUCUAAAAAUCCACCUGUUGAGUAAUUUUUCCAUUGAAAUGUUUCUCUUGGUGCUCUCUGUGAAGGAGACGUAAAGGUUGAAAAGUGUUAAAUAUACACGACGACUUACUGAAUUUUGUAUGACCACGACUGCAUUCAUUGUUCAUUUAGCGACCGUGACCAAUAACUGACGAGUCUCAAAAGUAAUGGAAGCCAAUUUAUUCGACAGCCUUAGUACAUAUAUGUUACACAUGGAAGUAUUGUUUGUGCUUCAACACUCGCAAACAUACAUUCCCAAUAAGUUAAACAAUUUAACGACAGACUAAUGUGCUGAUACUUUUCUCUGAUUAGGAUAAGCGGUUCGGAUAAUGGACGGAUGGAAAUUGGGAACGAAAUCAAGCAAUUUGACAGUUCAUCCGCUAGAACGGCAAAUAAAUUGAAA